AUGGAGGAAGGAUGGCACCUUGAUGCUUUUGACGACGGUUCUUUGAGUGAGUUAGUGCCACGCUUAAACUGGAGGAUAACUUUUAACUCAUCGCUAAUCAAAUCUUAAACGUUUGUAGAAAUCGUCGGAGAGGCACAGUUGAGGAAGUAUGGGCAAUUUUUGGAGGAAUAUGCUUCUCAGUUGAAAGCUAUUGAAGAUGCCCUGGAUGAUUCUGUGGGAGACUCCUGGGAUUUCACGUUGGAUCCCAUUGCUCUGCAAGUAUGUUGUCCACUGAUGACAAGAUUAGGAUAGCUUCUAGUUUGUUGUACCUUGAUAUGCAUAUAAAGCAAGGUCUUUGCAAUAGAGACAAAAUCCUUGGAAGUGGAGGUUGGAUAAGAAGUAGCCAGUUCCAGGCAUUCAGAUGGUGGGGCGCGGGUGAAAAAUUGACGAGGGGAAAAAAAAGACAGGAGACCAGGGUGAAAAAGGGGACGAAACGUGUUUCCUUGCUCUCGACCCAGUCUCCCCUCGUUUUUUCCCUCGUUCCCUGCAUAAGAUUUAACUCACUCACUCCCCACCAUCUAAACAUCAGGAACAGGCUAGAUAAGAAGGGGCGGAAGGGCAAAAGGGGGAAGAGGAAGGGGGGAAAAAAGAAAGAAUUAUAGGGAAAAAGGUAGGCCACUUCAGAAGUAGCCUGCAUACCAAUAAUUAUUGCUCCGCUCAAGUUAUUGGGUAAAUGUUUGAGAGAAAGUGGAAGUAGGAGGAAUGAAGGGGAGAAGAGGAAACGCUUGCUCCCAUACCCCACCAACCUUAAAAUUGCAUAUGCAUUAAAACACAGGUGCUGAUUGGCACACAAGGGUAGUCUUGUUUGAAACAUAAUCAAUAGAUCAAUCAAGCCAGGUAUAUUAUAUGUUUACCUGCGUUACAGACAAAUGCAUUAGAAGAUUAAUUUGAAUCAGCUUGAGGGAAGUUUGUCAGAACUGAGCUGAUUAGAGGUUUCAUGAGAAUCAUUGUCUCAUUUCAUCCCUUCCAUUGAGGUCCAACAAUGGAGACCAUUGCGGUGCGUCAUCGGACUGAAAAACUGGAAUGUUUGGAAAAAAUACAUCAACUAAAUGAUAUGUACAAGUCAAAUGUAUAAGUAAUUUUCAUUUAUAACUUUCUCUAAGAAGUUGUCCGUGCUAAACAAUAUACAUUGCACAUCUUUAGUGACUGUAUACCAGUCCCAGGUACUUGCUCAUUGUAAGUUUUAUUUACUUUUGUAAAGUGUAUUGUAAUACCGUUAUUUGUAAGAAUAUGCUAAAUAAACCACACUAGCUUACUUACUUACUACAUAUAAACGUUGUUUUCUGUUGCUUCCCAGAUUCUCCCCUAUGAACAGUCAAGGCUCUUGGAACUUAUUAAAACAGAUAACAAGGUCUGUGCUCUAAAUUUACUUUCUUGUAUACUGGCACAUUUUUUUAGAUUAGUCUUUUUAAAGUUAAUUUAAGCUGGCGACAAAUGGGGACUGACUCUAUCGAUUUGGACUUAAAUAUAUUGUUACUGUAAGCCUAGCAGCAAUUACUAAGCUACAAUAUGCCAGAAAGGAGUUAACACUUUUCAAAUCAAGGUCAGCUUUGUAUUCACCUGAAAAUUGCACAUUUGUAUUGGUGGCAUUUGAAGGUAACACCACCCCAGCACAACUGAUUAUUUGCUUAUUUCUCAUUAAGGUUUUCAACAAAGUGGUUAUGGUUUUUGCAUCAUUAUGCCGAGAAAUGGAUCAGUUGAAACAUGAGGUGUGAAGUUUAGUCAUUUAAAUAAUGUAGUUUUAAAUUGUGUUCUUAAUAGUUUUGCUAAAUAAUUAUUUACAAUGUAUAACAGUCCUAAAACCAGAAGUAUAGAAUGAUCCAUAGCAUCUGCUUCAAUAAACGUUUCUUGUGUGUGCCUUAUGAAGAAACAUACUAAGCCAAGAUGGUUCAACAUUAAAAAGCUAAUAUUUUGUAUGCAUUGGUGCUUUUCCAUCCUUAAGUACUUCUAUGAACAGGUAACACCCCUAAAGUACACUCAUAUCCGCUGAACAUAUAGAAAAAGUUUGUAGUCUGCAGUAGUUACAUAACUUGUAUUUUUUUAUCUGUUACUUUAGGCCACCACAAAGUACUUUAUACCACUUCUGCUCUAUGAAGAAGCAGGUAACAUUGGCCACUCACUUAUUACUGUACCGGGUACUUACAUUUUUUUGGUGGUUUUGAAUUUUCUUACAAGUAAGCUGGGUGUUUAUUCUAUUUUUGAUAAAUAAAGGAUCUGGCAAGGAACAGACUCAAGAAGGUGAAAAUCAAGUACGCCUUGGUCGAGUGUUAUCUUUGCUACAAGAUCUCUCCAAUUUUGUAAAGCGAUCUUAUGAAGUGGUAAAAAAUGUUAUCCAGCAGCUUGCAAUGUUGUACUCAAAGUAAGAACAAUUAGUGAUUAUAUUAACAUAGUUAACUGUUGUUUGUUGAGAGGUUAUUUGACCUCUACAAAACUGGGUUAUAGUGUGUCCGUCAUGCAUGUGAUUUGAGGUCCUUCAAGGAUGUGCUAUAGCAGUACCCUGCAGUGCUGUUGAUGUCUUACUGUAAAGUGCUGUUAGGGGACUAGGGAAUCUUAGGUUUUGCAAACGAAUUCUUGAAUUGACAGGGAACAGACUAUAGGCAAUAUUAUUGUCAUAUGAAAUAUCUAACUGUUUUAAAUGCUAAACCAAGAAAAAACACACAAGCUCUUAAUGGCAGGGACAGCUGAAUUUGUCAACUAUUCCUAGUCAAUAGGAUGCCUGAAACGCCUGCAAUCGCACACUUGAUCGUGACUCAAUUACAGAUGAUUGAGGAGGAACCACCCACAAUGGGUGCACAAUUACUUACUGGUCAUAUUACUAUAAAGGAAGGCAACACAAUAUCAAUGCAAUCCAUUACAUUAGAAGCUAGGUAAAUGCAUCAACCAAAGCAUAAACACAACUUUAAUUUAAAUAUAUAUAGAGAGAGUUAUUUGAAUAAAUAUGCAUCUGCAUCUAAAGUGGGAGCAGUGCACUAGUGAGUAUAGUAAGGAAACAGUGUGAUGAUAGUAUACACUAUUUAACUGCUAGUGCAUGCAAGUAUUUGUCCUUGUUGUGUACCUUAGUGAUAAUUAAUAUUUUAGUAUUUAUCUUAAUUGAGGCUCUGUUCAAGUUAAAUUCCGUCAAGCGACAUAACCUUGAAACAAUAACAUAGGACAGCAGAAGUGACAACAAAUGACACAAAAAGAGAAAAGUGCAAACACAAUAGUGAAAUACCAACAGCGACAUGACUUCCUCUGCAAAAAAAAAAAUUAUGUGAAACAACAGGCUUUGAAAUCCAGACUAGAGACCCAUUAUGUAACCCCCUAAGAGGGCCUCUUAACUGAACCUGGGCACCCUUCAUUUCAUAGGCCUGGGCACCCUGCAUUUCACAGGGUCUGAACCCGGGCACCCUGCAUUUCACAGGGUCAGCAGAGCACGUGCUUUCCUUUUUCCUUAUACCUUCACUUCCUCUUUCCUAACAAAAAUCUAUGAUCAGUAACUAAUAACUCAUUGGGACGGAGUAUUUAAUUAUUAACCUUCUGAUUAAAGUUAUUGUGGUUUUGUAGAGAAGGCCCCAAGGUAAUGGAUGUAAGUGGAGUUCAUUUUACUGUAAGUACAAAUUACUUUUUUUCUUUCCCCUUUUUUUUGCAUUUGGUGGGAAAGUAGGAAAGUGAGCUGUGAUGUAUCUAUACGAAUUCCAUGAAGGAUGUAGAGAUUGAUAGCAAUUUAAUAAAUGGUUAUGAACAAGCACAUGUCAUGUGGUUAGAAUAGGAUGUCACAAUGAUUCAGAGGGAAAAUGUUUCAGAGUUCUAGCUACCCACACAAACGUCUAACAUCUGGUAUUAAUUUCCAGUAUAGAAUAUGGACAUGUAGGGUUAGGGUUAGCGACAUGUACAACUUCUCACUUCAUUUUUUAAAAAGUUUUUGAAUAUCACUACAGAAAAUUGCGGUAGUUAAGUCCUGUGAAAAUAUGUAACAUAAAGCAGGCAUAAAAGUUGUGGCUAUGACUAAUUAUUAGUCAUAGCUGCAACUAAUUAUUAAACUGAUCCACAUGCCUGAGUGGUUGCAGGCAGUGAGGGGUGACUGGGUUUAAAUUAACAUAUUUUGGGGGUAUAUAUCAACUGAUGCAAUUUUGAAACAAUUUAUAAUUGUGUAAGGUUGCACUAUUACAUAAUGUCAGAGGCCCUGCCCUAUUUAUGACUAUUCUUCCUGUGUUUCAGACUGUGUUUGAACAUCUAGCCAGUCUUCUUGGGGUGUUAAUAACUUUAGAUGAAAUUAUUGAUGCCAGCCAUACUCUUAAGGAACACUGGAGACAAUACAGACGGUACUUAAUAUUUAUUGAAAAAAUUACUGGGGUUAUUAUAUGAAAUAUGCUUUUGUCCAACUAUCAUGAGGGUUUCUUAAAACAUUAAUACUGUAGGUAUUGUUAAAUUUUGGUCAUCAUGGAAAGAGCUUUGUUCCUGCAUUUUUUAAAGGUCUCUGUUGAUCACCUAUUUGAUGAAGUCUGGAAAAAGUCUUGAAUUUUGGAUCAAAAUCUGUAUGAGCCCUGCGUGACUUACAUUAUAAACUACAAAUGAAUCCACUGAUCCCUUUCUCCUAAACCUCAAGUCAACUGGAAUGUUUCUCUGCUACAGGCUGGAGUUUAGAAAAACAAAAUUAAUUAUUAAUUUUCCUCUGUUUCAGGAUGAUCAAAUCAAUUUAUAGUAACACUGCGUUGUUUGGUGUAGAAGAGGAAAAGCUGCGACCUCUUGAGAAACUCCUGAUGAGUUUAGAAGGACAACUCCUUGAUGGUGUGAUUUUGCAGGUUUAACUGACUAUUUCAUACAGUUGGUAGGGGAAGGGGGACAUGCCUAUGUAGUGCUUAGGUGCUUUAUAGUGAGAUGUGAAGUGCACUGGACUUACUAACUACCCUGACUACUGACACCAGUUACACUGACUACACUAACUACACUUACUACACUGACUACACUAACUGCACUAUACUGACUACACCAAUUAAUACAACAAGUACACUGACUUCACCGACUAAACUGACUAUGAUUAUUAUUAAAUAUUAUUUUUUUUUAUCAUUAUUUUUAUUUUUAUUAUAAUUAUCAUGUCUAUUGUUUUUCAGAACUGUAUUGAGCAGCCAUUUGAUACUCAAGUUGUGGGAGUCGCACGAAACGGUGAUUUUGCUGAGGAGUUCCUGUACAACAUCAGACUCAUUUUUCAAAGUCUUGACACAAGGAUGAGUAUGUUCAUAAUUAUAAUAUUAAUAAUGCACCAUUGACAUUCCUGCAGCAUAUUACGUGUACAUGAUUAGACUACUCUACCCAUUAAUUACUAUGAUUUUAACCAUAAGAUGGUGAUCAGUAAUUUACAAUAUUACUCAAUGUAAUGUUCAUCCAAACUUCUCUCUUGUAAAUCUCAGAUGAACCUCAUGAGGUGGAUCAGAGACAGAAAGUUGUUGGUUUGCUUGGAUUAUUUGUCUUGCACUUUCAGAUCUAUGGAGGCGUUGAUAAAAAAUUCUUUAGCAAGUUGUGGGACAUUCACAAAAAGGUAUUUAUUAAAACUUAAAUAGAGGCUUCACAAUUUCCACUCCAUCAUGUUUCCCAAUAUGUGACACAUUGGGAUGAUGUUGGGUCAUUUACCCUGUCUUUGAUAAUUACAAGCCAAUUUCAUCAAUAGUUCUUUUUUCAAAUCUAAUGAAUGGUUUCCUUUUUAUGGUCCAACCAAUAAAGGAACUCAUGCUCUAAUUUACAUUAACCAUGCUUCCCUGUACGACCCAUAACUGCCCGUGUGGAUCCAAUUCCUUUGUGGCAGUUGUGAUGCCUUCAGUUUUAAAAGUCAACAACUUUGUUAUCUAAUUACUUGUACAGGGGGAAGAGAUCUUCCAAAUCAUGCUACAAGUAUAUACAUGAUUCAGAAAUUUAUUCACCCAACUGAUCAUGAUAAUUCUUUCUUCAGAAAUUGACAUUACAGAUAAUGACCUCUGUUAGGAAAUCGCGUAAACUACUUCUUCAUAAAAAAAUUAAUGUCAUCUGUAGCUCUAGGGGGAGUUGUGGCCUAGACUGUGCAUGGAAGAUAUUAGACCACUGCAUUAUACAGCCGAAUGUGCAUCUAUUAUUAUGGGUGUCUUGUUUUUGUUCUCAUAACUGAGUGCCUCAGUGUCCAGGGAAUGUCAACAUUAUUGAUUGAAUGAACAAAUUUUAUAAGGCAACCUAGUUUGCACGACUUAUCAUGAUUUUGAAACAUUUUUAUUUAAGGUACCUUCUGUCCACCUUGCUGGAGAUAUCAUGUUCUUUCCAAAUGAGUUUCUCUUGCGCAAAAUUCCUCUUCUAAACAAAGUUGUUGAUAAGAAACAAAAGGUUGCAGCAGAAACCUCCAAAGAACAGUAUUUGACUUUCUGUAACCAAAAUCUGGUCAGGUAAGGAUCCAAUUGACUUCAAAUGCAUUUUAUAUUAUUACAGCAUUAUGCAUUUGCUUAAUAAAAGCACUACUUGCUUGACUUAAUGUAUGUUCUAGUAAAUGUUUAAUUUUCACGGCAUUUUUUUAUCCAUAAACAUGCUUGAAUUUGAUGUUCUGUUAUUGUUUUAUUAACCAGGGAUGCUCAGAUUUAUCAAAUGCAGGUCAGUUCAUGGAUGGUUAAUAUGGAGUCAUCUUUGAGUAAAGGAGGUUCUCUUGUUGAUGAUCUCAAUACUCGCUGUGUGCUAUUCAUUAAGGUAACUCUUAAUACUUAAUGUAAGGAGAGUUCUUCUUAAAAUGAGACUGCAUGGUGAAGUGGCUGGUCUUAGUUCAAGUCCUUCCCUAACUGCUACGAGUUGAAAUCCUUGUCCAUGAUCGUUGAUAGCCGUUAUUGGUUUUACAACCAGUUCAGAUAUUUUAAUAACCCUGUCAUGUUAAUUUGAAUAUAUUCUACUCUCUCUUAACAGACACCCCAGUAAACGUAACUUUACCCCUCCUUAACCCUUUUAUUCAACUCUCUGUGAGAUGGAUGGACACUUAGUGCCAGUUCCAGAGGUGUCAGCUGUCAGUUCACUUUCAUAUAUCUUAAACUGACAUGUACACUGAGCAUACUUGGAUUACAUUUUAUACCAUGAUAGCUAACAAAAACUCUUAAAUUGCAUUAUACAAUACUGUAUUUUUAAUCUAAACUCGUAGAUUUAAAGCUAUGAAAAUUGUUUUCAGGGUAUUCUUAUUGCUCAUACAGUGAGUCAUUUAGUGCGCACUGUCAUGAACAUGCAUCUUGUGUUGUCCAAGCCACUUACAAAGGCUGCUGUACUUGCAUUGUGCAGACUGACGGAACUUCUCAAGGUAAAAAAGGGUUAAAAUAUUUGGUAGAGGAAGCCACAAUGUUACAAUACCCUAGUAAGCCACUAACCACAAGCAAAAUCCAGUGAGGCCACUUAAGGUCAAGAUUGGCUGUCAAAUAGCCUGCUGUGAAAGCGCCUGAUCAAAUUAGAGAGGGGCAGUUUAGUUACCACUAGUAAAAUACUGUUGUUUUACCACUGACUUUUUAAACCUCCCAAUUAAUUCCAAACAAUUUGCAGUAGAUAGAUUUAAGCCCAUGAUUAAACAAUUAUUGAGAACAUUCAGUACCAUAAAUUUCAAAAUAAUGACAAACUAGAACAAUUGCAGAAGUUAUGAUUUAGCUCCUUCAAGUCUUGUGUAGCCUUUCCAUCACUGGUAUUCUGUUACUGACUUUUCCUCACAUUUUCACUCUUUGACUCUUAAAUGACUACUGCCCUGUAGGUUGUUAAGUCACUGUCAGCAAUAUUCCUAUUCAGGACUAUGCUCACCUGGGCGAUCGUAUUCCACUUAUAAUAUUCUUUUAUUGUCACUAGGCCAUCGAACACACAUUUCAUCGGCGUAGCAUGCUUAUAGCAGAAAGUGUCAGUCACAUGCUCCAGCAUUUGACUUUCAUGGCACUAGCUUGUAUUGACACUGCCAAGGUAAAGUGCUGCUGCUGUAACCAUGUGUGACAGUGUUGUGCUAAACACAUUUUUGACGUGAUUUCAAGGAUCCCAGAAAUUGUUUGUCAAGAUAAGAGUCAUGAAUAAAAUUGUUUCCUUUUGCUGUUCAACAUUUAUCUGUUGUAAAGAUUGUCAUCCACCGCGUCGUUUUAGUGCUGAUAUAUUGUUUUUAUACUUGGCACUAUUUUGCUUUGUAGAAACGUAUCGCAGCAGACAAAAAGUAUACAGACAAGCGACUUGUAAGUUUAAUGUUUUGCAUAAGUUGCUAUGACUAGAGUGUAACUUACACAAUUUCAUUAAGUUUGAAAUAAUGUACAAUGAUCAAAAGGCUGGUAAGGUUUUCUUUUUUUCUCAACUUAAAGAGUCAAAUGAUUAAGUGUUUUGUGUUGUUAAACAGAUGUUUGUCUCUUGUUUUCUAAAUUUAGGAUGUGCUGGCAGCUCUUGUUUUGGUUCAGAAUGCUCUUAAUGGUCCAGGUAAAAUUUAAUGACGCUGUUACAUAUAAGUUGGCCCAUACAUGAUGUUAAGAUGCCAUUGAAGUGUAUGUAUUACUAUGCACAUUUAAAGAGAUUCCUGCAGGUAAUAAAUAAUUUAUUUUUGGCCUCACUGUAUUUUGUAUUGUAAAAGAAUGGCUGUUUACUGCUAGUGAUAAUAAUGAUAGUGUAAAAUUAUUAUAAAAUAAAUAUAUGGCUACUGCUCCAGAAGAACUGGGAAAUAAUAACACCCGGGGUGCUAGUGCAGUCAUUUCAAAUAUACUAUGUUGAUAACCAACAAAUGUUACCUAUCUUUUCUAGCUACAAAGGAACGUAGGCUUGUCACACAACUGGGACUCCAUGUAGGAACACAGUUUGUAAGUGUGCUUCAUUUGUUAUUCUUGUGAACAGCAGAUUCAUAGACGUGUCCUGCUCCAUUCACUUUGUGCUUUCCUCACUUUGUGAAUGCCUGACUGUAACAGAGUAUUUUUCAGUUAUUGUACAAUCAAAAUGGUAUGGAAAAUUUGUUGCACUUUGCACUGUUGUGUAACUAUUUUCAUUCCUUCUCAAAAAAGACCUUAAUACGAUUUAAACAUGCACAUCUGAUUAACAAUUGAUUUUAAUGAUUUUUUUUCCUUUAAAAACAGAAGUUGCUACGUGAUGAAGAGAUGACAAGUCUAACAGGUGUCAUGAAGAGAAUUAAUCUCAUCAGUGACCUUAGAGCACGGGUCAAGAAAGCUUGUGACUGUGGCUUUCUUCACUGGCACAGGGUGUGUUGAAUGUAGAGAACUGUAGAGAUAAACAGCCAGUUUGUUAGUUUUGCGUUCAGUGUGGCUGGUAGCAACUUUUUUGGCCUUUGAAUUUUUCGUUUUGCCUCAAGAACACAGAUAUUUAUCUAAAUUAGAACCUGACAAAAGUUUUCUAUGAAAGACGUAAGGAGGAGCAUUAGUUCAGUAAUGAUUAAGUGGUAGAAUUUCCACUUGAUGGCUCUUUCUGAUAAGAACCAACAACAAACUCAAACACAUAAAUUAUGGUGUUGACAUGGCAGGCCACAUUGUUGGCAGGCAAGUGCUCUCACCACUGGCCCAGCUCAGCCUACUCCCCUCAGUUUCCACGUGUCUCAAGUUGGCUAAUGCAGUAGAGCAAGCUUAUUUCCUUCUUUUUGUCUCGUUAAGCUAGCUAUUGUUGCUUUGCAGCAACUGCAUUGUGUAGAUGAAAUUCGUUUAAUUGUUAUGAAAGUUUCACAUAUCUAUUUACUUAUUUAUUUUACUAUUUCUUGUUAUGUCCCACGCUAUUUAUGUAGGUGGUGUUUCCAAUUUAUUUGGAUGACUUGUAUGAGAGUGCAACCGAUGUUCAUCGAAUUCAUGUAAGCUACUUUGCCAUGGAUGAUAAGCCGUAAUUUUAUUUUGUCAAUGUUGCAUUUUUAUUCCAGUUAAAAAAACUGAUUUUCAGCUUUGCAACCUUCUUUGGUGUCCCUAUAGCUUUUUCAUCAAAAACCGAAUGUUUUGUGGUCUUUGUUAUUUUGAACCAUACAUGAUGUAAUAUUAGGCCUCUAUUCCAUUGACCACUGAUUACAGGAUAGGCUGUAGGUCCUUGGUUUAUAUCUUCCCUUCCUAAUUUAUUUCAGUAUAUGAUUAGCGCUCUUGGAGACUGUGUCCCAGUCCUUCAGCAAGUCAAACACGAGGAAUCCCCUCAAGUCAUGUUAGACACGUUUGAGAAGGAGAUUAGCGACACGCUACAUGAAGUAAGUUUAUAUACAAACACUACUGAAGUUAGUAGAGGAAACAGACAGUCUCUGCUGUUGGGGGGAUAAGUGACACAUUAUCAAAUACGUUUAACAAAACAGGAGCUAAGUAUGUUGAAACACUACAUGAAGCGGCGAUUAUCCCAAAACAAGCUCUUGGUACCCCCAACCCCCCCUAAGAGACAGUUACGUGGCACGGUCUCAAAUAAUAUUAUUAUCCAUCACUUAACAAAGCUUGCCUUAAUGUAAAUUUUGCCUUUUAAAACACCUUUUUCAGCACUUGCUGCAACCGCUCUGUCGGGAUAUUGAAACAGAUCUGCGUCUUCACAUACACCAGCAUCUGCAGUUGGAUGAUCGAAAUCCUUUCAAGGUUUGUAUUUUGUUAGUUGGUUGUCCUAUGCAUAUGAUGUGACUUUGAUCUAAAUCGCUUGCUGGACGUCUUGCUAGUAGUAAUAUUUUAUUGUAGGGGUACGUUGUGCUGCUACACGUAAUUAUAAAGAUUCAUUUCCUCUUCUUGAUCGCUACUCAUUGCCCUUCUUGUAUGCAUUUUUUGCGCUUCGCCACUCUACCUCUUAUAAAUUGCAGAAGUUUUGUAUACAACGUAUCCUUUCUCCUCAUUGUUCAAUUCACAGGUUGGAAUGAGAGAUCUCGCGCAGUUUUUGAAAAUAAGGCCAAUCCGAUUUUUUCACCAGUUCGUUAACAUCAAGCGUAAGUUUUGCUAUUCAUUUUCUUCAAUACUUUUUAACUCUGUCAGAUGAAUUUAUGUUGCAGUUGACUUCUUUUCCUUUGCCAUUUGCAAUAAUCAUGCCAAAAAAUGCAUUUUGUAUUAUCGAUGAGCUAAACCGGUGAACAACAGAUGUAAGCCAUGAAAACUGUUUUGGGCUCCAUUCUCUUGUUUAUUAGACGUUAUUGUGCACGUUAUUUAUUCCAUCAAAAAUGAAACAAGAGAGUCAUUCCGCUGUACUGCCUAUAAGAAAUAAAACGUUCUUUUGGUUUUUGUAGUACUCUCCAACCCGCCUAUUUUAUUGUACAAAUCGUAUAUCACAAUGUUGAUAUGGAUUUGAAAUUCUUUCUAUAGGACACGUGACCCACUACCUGGAUGCAACUUUUUAUAAUCUGACUACAGUAGCACUUCAUGAUUGGAGGACUUACGGUGAAAUGAGAAACCAGGCAAAACAAAAGUAUGGACUAGAAAUGACUGAAGCUCAUUUACCCAGUCAGACACUCGAACAGGUUGUUAAUACUCUCCUUUGUGGUUACUAUUUUUCUUUGUAAUUGUUGUGACGAAUGCAUUAGCCUCCCGCUCUACAAUCCAGCGAUCUACCGACUGCCGCUAAUCCUACAAGAACACCUGACACCAUUACUGCUGACUAUUUGUCCAGUGGCUUUUGCGUGUUGAGUUAUCUCCUGCCUACUUUGCCCUCCAACAGCGAAUGAGGUACAUUUCGAAUCGUUUCUAGAUGGGCGUGUCGUGGAUGGAGUGAAUAUGGCAACCUAAUUUUUUUUUAAUGAAAUUUUGCGUUUCAAGUAUUAUCGGUCGAAAUGAAAAAUAACCUUAUCUUUUCAUUGAAACGCUUCGUUGACAAAUCUUUGCUUGUGGUCUUGAAACUGGUUUCUUUGUCAGCUGCAAGGUUAACUGCAUUUCUUUGUACAGGGCUUGGAUGUGUUGGAGAUCAUGAGAAACAUUCAUGUUUUCGUGUCCAGAUAUUUGUACAAUCUUAACAAUCAGGUACGAAAAUGUAUAUCUCAUAAAUGUUAAUCGAUUAAUGAUUUGUAAACGGCUACAGGGGAUUCUCUUUCGCAUUUUGUUUCUUGGCAGUUAAAGCAGUAGCUAUAACAUCAACAGCUUAAAGGAGAUCUUCCCUAAAAGCAAAGUGUGAUAACUUUAACUUUCCUUUGUCUUGUUACUUAUCUCAGAUCUUCGUGGAAACUGCGUCGAAUAACAAGCAUUUGAAUACGAUUAACAUUCGUCAUAUCGCCAACUCCAUCCGAACUCACGGAUCAGGAAUUAUGAAUACAACUGUGAAUUUCACUUAUCAAUUCCUGCGCAAGAAGUUCUUCAUUUUUUCACAGUUUCUCUAUGACGAACAUAUUAAGGCAAGACUUAUCAAGGUAUGUGACAUUAUUCCAUCCCAAUACAUGCUUUUUUUUUGGCAAAGUAUCUCUGUACAGUGAUUUUAACCCAUGUUUUCCCUGCUAGGACGGCUGAGUCGGUGACUUAGUUAGGGUGCUUACCAAAUGUCAGAACUACCCAGCGAGACUCGCCAUCUUGAAAAUGAAAAAGGCGUUUUACGAGAGAUGUCAUUAAAACCCAACACUGCUCUGCAGUAUUUCAAAAUAGACUGGCCUAGAUGAAUAAGUCUGAUAAAUACUCGAACUCUCUUUACGGAGGGGUUGGGGGUGGUCUGGCUGACCACUUCUCUCUCUCCAGUGGUAAGCGCCUUUUUUAGUCUAACUGGUGCGUUCCAAUUAGAAAUUAGAAUUGUAUGCCAACUGUUUGAAUCCGAACAGAAGUGGUCUUACUCAUUACCUGAGUGUGUGAAUUUAUGCUCUUGUUCCCGAGUAAGCUUCUAGGUAUUCUUUCUAUUAAAUAUCACUGUAACAUUUAUCAUUAAUGAAAUGCAAGAUAGGGAUUUCAAGAUGGCGCCUAUUCGUUAGACUGUCGUGUACCAUUGUCUUAACUAAGCUUGUCAUUCUUAUAAUAAUAACCUUGCAGUCCCAGAAGUGACGGAAUAAGAGGAAAUUGUGACUAUGUUGGUGGUUAGUCAGAGUGAGUGCGAGGUCAAUGUUCAGUUGUAACCGUUCUCCCUUUGAGUCUUCACAUGUUGUUACCUUUUCGCAGGACAUUCGCUUCUUCAAAGAAACAAAGGCACAAAUUGAUCAGAAAUAUCCAUUUGAAAGAGCUGAAAAGUUCAAUAAGGGAAUCCGCAAACUUGGUUUGACUCCAGAUGGCCGUACCUACUUGGAUCAGUUUCGGGUUCUUAUCAGCCAGAUAGGUAACAAGCUGUCGUGACUUGUGAUGGUUAUUAAUAACCUGCCUGGAAGGUGUAUGAAAGGCACGGAGAAAGGAGAUCAGAUGCGCGAAAAUGGGAAGAUUGGGAAAGGGGGCAUGCCUUCCCUUUUGAACACCUGUCAAGCUUGAUUGUAAUUGAAGUGUUAUGUCAUGAAAUAGAAUAUUAAUUUUAAAAAAACGCGGUAACAAAUUAAGUUACUUCUUGAAAAACUUUUAUUUUGGCAAAUUUUGUGGAGUUCAUCCUUUGACUUAAAUUUUUCUAGGUUUUUGGUUGUAUUGAAGAAAAAUACACUUAAAUCUAAAUCACAACGGUACGAAAGUUAUUUGUCGUGGUUUGAAGAAAGUUGAUUUUGGAUUAUAAUAGCUUAAAAUUGUUCUCAGUGCUUUGGUCGUAUUCACGUCCGCCAGUAGGCGUGGCAUAAGGUGAUCACGCUUGCCACGCUACCGGAUCAGUGCGGUGCCAUCUCUUUGGCUACUUCCUAGCUCUUCAACCCCACCUUGUUUCGCUCUUUCUCAACAGGUCUUCUCAGAGAAAUUUUUGAUGUUUAUUCUUCUCUACCUCCUACCUUUCUAGUGCUAUUUAUCUUUAAUACGCACUAUCCAUCUCAGGCCCUGCACUGGCACUGGAAACGAUUUAGUUUCUGUUCAUCGGUCUUGGUGAUAAUCGUGCAUCGUCCAAUCCCUGCAUGUACGGCGUCUUCCAGGCCUUCGCGGUCAAUGCAUUUCGGUGAAGUAUCCGAGAAGAACGGCCGGGAGAACCUCUUUUCUUGAAUUCUCCGCCAUGCAUAUUUUCGAGAGAGCCGCAAAGAAGAGAGAUUGACGUCUCUUGAAAUUCGAACUCAAAGCUCCGCCCAAACUGAGGCAAAGUGUCUCACUUGUCCGAGUUUUGGCUAGGCCUCAACAACUCGCUCGGACGACGAGACCCGAAAUGUAUUGGCCUCGCGGAUUUAUGAGGCCGAGGGACUAGGCAAGUGAUCUUCCAAGUUUCACACUGAUCACAUAGCUGGACCGGUUGAACUAAAGUCUUGAAAAGACGUAUCUUGGUUCUAUUUUACUAUCCCUCUACCAGAUAUUACUUAAUGUAAAUAGUUGGUAGAAGUUCUUUUUUUUGCCAUUGUGAUCUUUUGGUUGUGAAUGUUUCUCAUGAAGUGAUCAAUAAUUAAGUAUGUUGUAAUAUAUGUAACGACUACGAUGUUACCACUCAAGUGGUUAGUCCUAAGCCAUAGCUUCUUUUGUUUUUUAAGGAAAUGCCAUGGGCUACAUUCGUAUGAUUCGAUCUGGAGGACUUCACUGUUGUAGUAACGCAAUCAGGUACAUCGUUUAGUCAAAGUAUUAUUUUUGCCUGCGUAAUAAUAACAUAGGCACGUUUAACGUUUAUGAGCUAUUUUGAAUUUUUCAGUGUAACAAGACUCAAAGGUUUCUUCGGAGUUUCCUAGAUGUGUUUGAGAAAUAUCACGAUUUUAUCAUUGUCACGCGACGCGUACCGACACUACCACUGGUUUCCCAGCGAAAUGCCGUUUGAGGAACGAAAUCAAAAAUUCCAUACUGAUGACGUCUCACUACCCAGGUCUGAGUACUGCUUCUGAUUAGUUGGGCCGCGAAACUUGCUUUAGCCAGUCAGGUACACUACCCAGAUCUGACUAGUAACACGUCAUCAGUAUGGAACUUCUGCUUUUGUUACUCAAACGUCAUUUCGCUGGGAAACCAGUGGUAGCGUCCAGGCCUGGGUAGCGUCACGAAAUAUCGGCCGUUUUCUCAGGCAAUUUGUGUACAACCAAGAAAUAUUCUUAGGGCUCUUCUGGUUAUUUUUAGAGUAAGACGUUAAAUUAAAAAUCUUCUUGUGCCUUCUUCAUUGUCUACAGGUUCGUUCCUGACCUUGAGGAUAUCGUAUCUUUUGAGGAACUCGUAAAGGAGGAAAAUUUGUCAGACGAAUCACAGCAGGCCUCGAAGUGAGUUUUUCCAACGAGAACCAAAGCAAUGGAAACAACAAUUUAACCAUGCAGUCACCUCUUUCUUGCCGAACGCCAUUUAUCAAAACUCUAAAUCUGUCUCUAAUCACCAGAUCUGUAUGCUUGUCUGUUUGUUUUCUCUGAUGUUCUUUCGUAACUUCUUUUGGUGACCACCAGCAAGAAAUAACUUUAUACUUUAAUUUUUAGAAAUUUAGACGCUGCAAUUGACAACUUGGCAAAGAACUUUGCAGGAGCGACAGAAUAUUUCAAGGUAAUAUAUUAUAAAGUUUCUAUCAGCAACCAUACCUUUCUUUCCUCCCUUGAGUUAACAAAGUUUUAUUUAAUUUACCUUCGCUGCUCUAUUUAUUUGCAGCUUCUCGUUGAAGUGUUCGCGCCUGAAUUUAGGGACAGCAAGAAUAUGCACCUAAGGAACUUUUAUGUCAUCGUUCCUCCCCUGGUAAGUGGUCAGCGGAGAAUCCUUUAAACGUUCCUGCAUGUAAAAGGACAAUCGUACGAUAAUGCAUGACGUCAUUUUACUACAGCCGCCAGAAUGCUUGAGGAUUCAGUUUUCUUGUGUAUAUAGGGGCUCUUACUGUUUUAACCUCAGUGGUAUACUGGUAUUUAUAAAUUUGAAUAAGAAAAGGGCAGACGAAAUGAAUUAUGGUCGUUUGUAGCCAAAUGACGUCACCCUAAGCUUGAAUUGUUUGUUGAUUCGCGCAUUUUCUAGAUCUUCCCACUGCUUGAUUUUGCUUAGACUUCACAGUAAUUGUUCGUUUGGCACGCUACCGUUCUGUUUAUGACUGUAGCUAUAGUUUGAAAAAGUGACCUCAAAAGUUCACAUUAGACGUUGAUACAAGUGUCUGUUGAUGUUAGACUCUAAACUUUGUGGAGUACAUGUUGAGCUGCAAGGAAAAACUAAACAAGAAAAACAAAGUUGGAGCUGCUUUCACUGACGAUGGAUUUGUGAUGGGUAAGAGUCUUGUACAUAUUCAAUUUCAAACAGAAGCAAUUACUGUUUGUCGCGUGUCAUUAGCACCGACGAAAGAAAAGUCUCAAGUCUUGAAAUCUAUUCGAACCCCGCCCCACCCCCAGACCUCUCAAACAGGUCGCUGAGUGAGGUUUAACUUCGUCACUUAAACAAAGAUAUCGGCAAAUGGUGACUAAAGCUUUGCUAUGCGUAAAGAUUAGAAUUUGUUAGCACCGGAGUUACAUUGGCAUCGGAGUUGUCGUAGCAACGUAAUGACGUCAAGACCUAUUUCACCUUCAGCCACAUUUCUUUAUCUGCUGAAUUAAUUCUGGACUUACGUAAGUUUCUUUUUAAUUGUCAAGUAUUAUAUCCCUCCUACAGGUGUUGCGUACAUUUUAAAGCUGUUAGAUCAGUAUCAUGAAUUUGACUCACUUCAUUGGUUUCAAUCUGUACGAGACAAGUACGCCAAAGAAAAGGUUUGCUUACUACGCCCUUUUUUUCUUGUAGACCUAUUCUACUGCUCUUCUGCUGUACUUCGGAAGGAAACUUUAAGAUUUUGCCUUGUUCUUGUUCUACCCUGUUUUUAGGCUGAAGUGAAGGCCUCUCUCAGUCGUGGGACAGCACGGGACGAGAAACUGCAGCAGACUAUGAAUUUAACUCUUAAACGCCUGAACACAUACCAACAGGUAGGUGAGAGCAAUUUUUCCUUAUGAAAAAAAGAAGCCGGGUAUAUUACUAAAAGGGCUUUUAACAACUUGUGAGACUAUUAAAAGGUUAUGCUGUUUAUGCAAAAAAGACCAAGUACUUGGUUUUAGGUACUCUAGCUCUUGAUUGCAAACUAUGUGUGACUUGUGUAUCUUCAGUUGGUGUUAUAAACAACAACUAUUAUCAUGAUUUGAUCCUCUUCUAUUGUACACCAUGUUUUACUUUUGUUUGGUUUGUUCUUUUCCAGGAAUUUGAACUGGUGUACUUUUCGCUCAAUAGCGCAAGAAUCUUUUUCAGAGCUGACAAAACUGCAGAAGAAGAAAAAGAGGAGAAGGAAAGCAAAGAAAAUUCAGAAGGUAAAAUAACAGAACAAGUAAGGUGGGAGUUAUAAAGCGUUGGCGUCCGGUUUCCUUUCAGAGAACCGCUCUCAUAUUUAUGCCGUAAAUCGUUGAGUUGGUUGCCAUGAAUUAUUGAGGGGGCUCAGUAUUGUUGUUGUUGUUGUUUUUUUAAUUUCAUCUUCUAUGUCUCCUUACAGGUGCUCCUUCAAAUGAAGAUGCAGCAGCCACUCCUUCUCCUCCAGUCGAGGCAACAUCUAGUUGAGCAGGAGACUGAAAAAGGAGAAUUCAUUUUUUUUUUCUAUUUUUGUAAUUCAAAUUUAUUGACAAAAAGUGGUCGAACCUAACAUAAGCGGACACCCUUCGACCAGAAAAAGAUUCUGGUUAAGAGAGGUUAAAAGUACAUUGUUUGGACAUCUUCAAUCUUAGCUAAGGAGUAGUAACCGAGAUCUUCGCAAGCGGGUUGGCCUGCCUUCUUAUAUGAACGACGAAAAUUUUAUAAGGAAUUAAGGCACGAGCCGGGCUAACCUGGUAAAGCGGGCCAUCUAAGUUAAUCGGGCUUGCUCACGUCGUACAAACAGGCCCUUAAUGUUAGCCUUCGGUAUGCUCUUUUGC